CUGUUUUGACGAAAUAUUGACGUCUGACCCAUUCUCAUGGACCAUUCCGUGCAACAAAAUUUAUUAAAUUACGUGACAUGGGCGAUGAACUAGCCAAAGUAAUAAAGGAGUAUUCCAAUAAUGAAAUCGUUAACAAGUCCCUGAGUUCUGGCCUUGAAAAUUUAUCCAUAACUCUUACAGCAAUCGAAGAGUACCGAAACUGUGAAGUUCAAAGAUUAGAAGCUAAGGUUAUAGGAGAGCUUUGUCAAUAUGAAACUAUCUGUAAGCAUGCGAGGGAGGAAUUGAAGCACACUAUGAACGUAAGGGAAAAAGAAAUGUCGAGGAAAAAAGUAUUAGACAAGGCUAAAGAAAGACAACCCUUCAAUAGGCAGCAAAUAACAUACGCCGAAUCGGAACUAAUAAAAGCUUCAGCGGAAAUGUCCCGCACAGCUAAAAGUCUAAGCGAACAAACGGAAUUCUUUGAAAGACGCAAACUUCAACAGCUUAAGACUCUGCUCUCGGACUUCGUGAUGAUCGAGAUGACAUUCCACUCGAAAGCAGUGGAAUUGCUCACCGUCGCCUAUAAACAGAUUGCUAAUAUUAACGAAAAAGCUGAUUUGGAGCUCUUAGUAACAGGUCUUUCAGAUCAAGAGGAACAAACGAAUUUCAAAAGAAAACUAAGAUCGCCAGAAAAGCAAGUCAGUACUGGUAUAUCAGCGAGAUCGUCAUCUAUUGCAUCUCUUAUGAAUCAACAAUCGCCGAUAAGGGAUGACAACUCAAUGAAUCUGGGAAAAAUUCGUUCACCAGAAAAUACAUCAGCUGGCAAAGGAAGGUCAAGCUCUUUGGCUGCUUUAAUAAGUCAUUCUUCAUCUAAAGAUGAUGACGAAACAUCGGGUUCCGAUGUCACUGAAGAUGAAGAUCAUAGUACUUCUGAAGAAACAGAAUCACGUUAAUGCACUUUGUAAUUUUAAGUUAAAUAAAUAUGCGUAUGAAUAUCAA